ACUUCCGGGGCGUCCACUCCAUUUUGCAGGCUGCAGUAGGCAACAUGGCAGCCUUGUGGAAAGUUUACCAGAGGCUGAUGGCCAGGCAUCCCUGGAAGGUGCAAAUCUUCACGGCUGGGACCCUGGUGGGUGCUGGAGAUGUGAUCUCUCAGCAGCUGGUGGAAAGGAGAGGGCUGGCCAGACACAACAGCCGGAGAACUUUGAAGAUGAUGACGGUUGGCUUUUGCUUUGUGGGUCCAGUGAUCGGAGGCUGGUACCAAGUCCUGGAUCGUCUGGUGCCAGCCAAGACCAAAGCUGCUGCUCUCCAGAAGAUGCUGCUAGACCAGGGCGGGUUUGCCCCCUGCUUCCUUGGCUGUUUUCUGGCUUUGGUGGGCACGCUCAACGGCUUGUCCAUGGAAGAGAACUGGAGCAAGAUCAAGCGGGACUACAAAGAUACCCUGAUCACCAACUACUAUAUCUGGCCAGCUUUGCAAGUUGUCAACUUCUACUUCGUCCCUUUGCACUACAGGCUGGCUGUGGUUCAGUGUGUCGCCAUCGUCUUCAACUCCUACCUCUCCUGGAAGACUAAUCAACUAUGACUUGGCAACGUGGACAAUCAGAGGCUCUUCUGGACACCAGCACAUCAGUGCCCGCUUCUUCCUUCCCGGUGCCUCAUCCAGCACGUGCUCCCUUUGGCCUCUGUUUCUCACCCAGGGAGGCUGUCUGUUGCACACAGCAGAGUGUCCUGCCUCGGCACCCCUCUUCCCCAGUCACCCCUGUUCAGUCUUCUCAGCCCUACGCAAGUUGAGACUACCUCAAACCACAAUCAAGAGAGCCUGACAGUGUGUAUGUCUCUGCCAGCCUGAGUCAGGAGAGCAGGGAGGUACAGGCUAUCCAUCGGAAGCUACACCAUUUCCUGUGAUGUGGAAGACCUUAGUAGUGCUGUAGGCAUUCAGAAACUUGCUGUUGCAUUUGUAGUAGGAACCUUUUUGGAAACGGAGCAUUAAGGUGAGGCAGACAUGGAGCCGAAAGCCUUGCCAGGACCCAACUGCUGUUAGUAAUUUCCAGAGGGCUUCACAGCUCUGCGUUCCAUUGGUACUCAUAAGUAGAUGCCACAAAAUGGGUAGAUUGUACAGUUUCCAGGUAUUGGGUCCACUCUGUGUGUCUUCAAGACCUACUUGUCAUUCUAAUGAAUUAAUAAGCUGCUACACCAAGUGGUCAUAGUCACUGUCUUGGAUGGAUUUCAGAAGAGGUGAUGGGUGUCUCAGUGGGUUCCAGUAGGCAUGAUGGCUGAAUGUAACUUCCAUGUUCAGAGGCAGUGUACCUCUGCAGAGCUUCCGUAACCUGCUAUCAGAAAGCAGAUAGGGGACUGAAUGGACCUGUGCUCUGAUCCAGCAGGAGGCUCUUCUCAUGUAUUUGUGGACUCUAGCAGUUCGAAAGCAAGAAAUUGCAAGUAGAUAAAUAGGGACCACUUCGGUGGGAAGGU